AUGGAACCCACACUCAAAGGAGGACCACAAGCUCGGGGCUCGACGAAACAAAAAAUAUCAGCAUUAAGAAACUUCUUGGGAUACGGGAAAGGCUUUCUCCCUAAGUGGAAUCGGUGGAAUGCCCUGCUUCCGGCUAAGUAUACAGAGUUGGGUCUACCGUUCGUUCAACCAUUACCUCUAUUCUAUUCCGAUCUUUAUUUUCUCCUUUGCUUCCUUGUCUCGUCUAUCCUUCUCUGGCUUCAGCCUGUCUUGGAGCUCUAUCCCGUCCUUCCUUUGGCUUGCCCUGAGGAUGGAUUUACUCUCCAAAGUCGAUUUGAUCACUGCGAGUUCGGUUCAAGUCUUCAUCGAUCGGGUGGAUCUUUGAGGGGGGAUGGAAAGGUGGGUGAGUCAUGGAUGUGGACAGAGAGAAAGAAAGCGGUAGUGGAAUAG